GGAAUAUCUUGAAGCUCGCUGGGAAAAAUCUCAGGGAAGAGAAACCUAAAACCGCAAGUCAGCAAUUCCAAGCUCUGCAGGAGUAGUGGUGAUUGAAGUCGAAGCUUGAGUUGAUCCAGCGACAAUGUCAUCGACUCUGCUGGAGGUGACUCGUGCGGCACACGAGGAGGUGGAGCGGCUUGAGCGUCUGAUAGUGAAGGACCUUCAAAAUGAGCCCGCGUCGAACAAGGACCGCUUGUUUCAGAGUCACCGCGUGCGAAAUAUGAUCGAUACUAUCACUUCUACCACUGAAAAGCUCAUUGAUAUAUACGAAGAUAAAGACAAUGCAAGGAAAGAUGAAAUUGCUGCACUGGGGGGUCAAACUGCAACUGGAACAAAUGUGUUUAGUGCGUUUUAUGAUAGACUGAAAGAGAUACGAGAGUAUCAUAGAAAGCACCCGGCUGCACGUGUUGUUGAUGCUAAUGAUGACUAUGAAGAACUUCUCAAAGAGGAGCCUCAAAUUGAGUUUAGUGGAGAGGAAGCUGUUGGGCGGUACUUAGACUUGCAUGAAUUGUACUAUCAGUAUGUUAAUUCCAAAUUUGGUGAGCCAAUUGAGUACUCUGCUUACCUUGAUGUUUUUUCACAAACAGAGAAGAUCCCACGCAAAAUGAAAAUGACUAGGCAGUACAGGGAAUAUAUGGAGAAUCUUUUGGAGUAUCUCAUAUAUUUCUUCCAGCGGACAGAACCCUUGCAAGAUCUGGAUCGAAUUUUCUCUAAGGUAACAGCUGAGUUUGAAGAAAAUUGGGCUGCAAACAAGUUACCUGGAUGGGAGAAUGACAUUCAAGAGAAUGGACACGUACCUGCUCAACACACUGCAAUUGAUCUUGAUUACUACAGUACAGUUGAAGAGCUGACAGAAUUGGGUCCUGAAAAGUUGAAAGAGGCAUUGGCUGCAUUGGGACUUAAGACUGGGGGUACUGUUCAGCAACGGGCAGAGAGGCUGUUCCUUACAAAGCAUACACCUCUUGAAAAGUUGGACCGGAAGCAUUUUGCCAAGGGACCACGAGUCAGAAAAAAUGGCACUGCCGCAGUUCCACAAGAAGAUGAAAAUUCAAAGGAAAUUGCACUGCUGGAGGCCAAGCUGUCCAAGUUAUGCGAUCUGUUAGAAGAGACAAUUGCACGAACAAAAGACAAUGUUGUGAAGAAGCAAGCCUUGACAUAUGAAGAAAUUGAAGCAGAACGUGAGGAGGAAGAAACACAGGAGGAAUCUGAAAGUGAAGAUGAGGAACAGCAGAUAUAUAAUCCCCUAAAAUUGCCAAUGGGAUGGGAUGGGAAGCCUAUACCUUAUUGGCUUUAUAAGCUACAUGGUCUUGGCCAGGAAUUCAAGUGUGAGAUAUGUGGGAACUACAGUUAUUGGGGGCGUAGAGCUUUUGAACGGCAUUUCAAAGAAUGGCGCCAUCAGCAUGGGAUGCGCUGCCUUGGUAUACCAAAUACCAAGAACUUUAAUGAAAUAACGUCAAUUGAGGAGGCAAAGGAACUCUGGAAAAGAAUACAAGAAAGGCAGGGAGUGAACAAGUGGCGCCCAGAUCUCGAAGAAGAAUAUGAAGAUAAGGAAGGCAACAUCUACAACAAGAAGACAUAUACUGAUUUACAGCGCCAGGGACUUAUAUAA